UACCAAAACUUAAUUUUCCAUCCAUAUUUUGAGGACUUAUAUGCAAAAAAAAUUUAGGUACUAAAUAUGCAUAUCUAUUAAGUUUGGGUACCAAACUGUAAUUUGUAUUUGGGCAUGGGUACAAAUUACAAACCAAGGUUGUCAAACCGGUUUAUGCCAGUGUGCCGGUUUAGCAAGAUGGUUCAACCGGUGGCAUAUACUGAUUUGUGCCGGUUCAUGCCGGUCAAUAUUACAAAUAAAAUUGUAAACACUCAUAUUUAAACAUGACAUUUAACGUCAAUACCUAAACAUUUAUACUUGAAUCCAACAAAUAACAUCAAUAUUUAACUUUUAUAUUAAUAAAAUAAAUAAUAAAAUAAUUUUUAUCAAUUAAAUUCACUAAAAUAAGGUCAUUUUACUUAGAGAUUCAUAUAUCGAUCAUGUCGGUUAUACCGGUGGUUGAACCCGGUACAACCGGUGGCACGCCGGUCGGCGUGACAGCCAUGGUACAAACCCAAAUAAAUUUGAUAUAAACCCAACUCAACCCAAAGUAAAUGGGUAUGGGUACAAACCCAUCAAACUCUACCCAUAUCCAUCUAUUUGGAUUUCAUACCCAACCCAAUUGGGUUGGAUAGUAAGAAACCCAUGGGUAUGGGCAAAGUUGUCAUCCCUACCAGUGACCACCAUGUACCAGGAUGACAUAGGAUGGUACUUUUUGUCCUAGAAAUUAUUUCCCAGAAACUUGUAGAUCUAAUAAAUCACAACGAACUCGUUCAUUCUAUACAAAAAAUUUCAAAAAUUGAGUUAAAAACGAAGGUGGUACUAGGUGGUAAAAAAUUAUAUGUGUGGUAUGAAAUUCUUUUUGCUCUAAAUAUUUUGAAAAUGUAUAUCAUUUUGAAGAUUAAAACAAAAUCGUCCAAUCUAUGUAAAAUAUUUUGAAAUCCAAGUUAGAACGAAGAAGAUAAAAUCCGAUUACGAAAAAUAGGAAAAGAAUUCAUUAAUUCUCAUCCCUUAAAUUUAAUCCACUUAAAUCUAAGGGUCCAAAUCUGAUUAUACAAGUGUACAUUAACCCUUACAGAGGUCGAAAAAAUUUCGAAUGAAUGGGGAUUCAAAGCCCAAAACUACCAAACCAAAACCCUCUAUCUUAUGACCAUCUAUGGUGGACAAAAUAUUAUUUAUUUUGCUAUGCAUACACUUUUACUUAAAAUUAUCAUUCGUGAAAAAUAAAAUCUUGACACUGCAAGUCAAAACUCUUUCUUGUGCUGGGAAGUUGUAGCUAGUCACUACAGUCAUCUCUAGUAUCUCACAAUACUAUAUGGGGAUUAUCCAACUUCUAAUCAAGGUGAUUAAGCAAAUUGAGAAUGACUACACUGACUUAUUGUGGAACUCAGAGAAGGAAGGAAAGAAAUCUAUGACAACAUGUAGCUAGACGAAAAAAGGAGGGAGGGUUGGGGUUUAAGGGCUUCAAAAGCUGGAAUUCAGCCUGCCUUAUCGGGCAUUUGUAGGCAAUAUCAUCAAUUCAUCAACCCUGUGGGCAGGUUAGGCAAUAUCAACUAACCUAUACUUCGAUUUGGGAUAUCCUCUGUUCAAUUCCCUUUUCUUGGGCAUGGAGAAAAAUGUUAAAAGACAUGCAACUUGCAAAGGGGCAUCUCACUAUCAAAGUUGUUGGUGUAUAUUGGGAGACUUCGUUGGAGUUAGCUAUUGCACAAUUCCGAGUCAACAAUUCAGCUUGUGAUCGUGGCAGGCUUAUUUGGGUUACAACAGUAAGCGAAUUAUGGAGGGAGAGGUGCAGAAGGAUAUAUGUUGGUGAAUAUCUUGCUGCAACUCAGCUACGAAAGAAGUUGCAGACCCUGCUUUCAUUACUAAGAAAUGGAUACCCUCAUAUUGUCGUAAUCAUUUAAGAGGAAGAGAUAUAUAUUAUAGCUUAAAGUUGUUCUUGAUUUGACAAGAUGCAUAGUUUGUAUUCUCUUGUAGAUAGUGCCUAAAGGAGGUCUGUAUUUGUGAUGGAUGUUGGUGCUAUUCGGUUACCAGUUAGAAUGGUUUCUCAUAUCCAUUAUUUCUUGAUGAAUAAACAUGCUUAUUCAUCGAAAAAUAUAAAAUCUUGUAGUUUCCUCCCUAAAACUUUAAAUUUUCUCCUUCAAUGCCGCCUAGUAGAGCAGCGAUAUGCCGAGGUCUUAUCCCUUCUCCUCCAUUUUUGGCCUUUAGGUUGUCGGACCGCUAUCAACUAGGGCUGCAAACGAGCCGAGCUUGUGAAGCUCGUUGGGACACUUUUUCGUAAUUUGUUGUUUGACUAGUUUUCCUAAUAUUUUUUAAUUUAAAUGGUCGAGUCUCUUUCAUUCGGUGAGCUUGCUUCGGAGGCUCUGAUACCAAAAAUUUCAUGCAAUAAUUUCUGCAAAAAUGUCUAAUUCAUGUCAAGUCUCAUUCUCUCAUGUCUCAUUCUUUCAUUUUCUUCCAUUUUUGUCAUGAAGUGAUAUGCAAUUUUAUAAAAAUUUUCAUGAUGUGAUAUCAAAAUUUUAGAUUCAACGUUUCCUAUUCUGCUAGGUUUCAUUUUUAAGGUUCAUGAAAUGAUCCAAACCAUUGUGGCCCAAAAAUGUCCUUUUCAAAAUUUUCAUCCGUUCAUUUUCUUUUAUGAGUAUUGGUGCUAUUUUCAAAGUUAUUUUGAUGUACUUGGUUUUAUCUAUUUUCUAGUUUCUGUUUUAUUUUGUUUAAACUAGUUAUUAUAUCGGUAAUUAAUUCAGUUUUAGAUACGGCUUCUUCCAAAGUUUCUGAAUUUCCGAUACACAUUUGUUCUUCUACAAUAUCUGAUACGAAAUGCGAUAAUUCUAAUGUAACUGUAUUAAUUUCGUUUACUGAUGUAAGGUCUAUUGCGUCUAUUCCUUCUAUCAAUUUAUUUAUGUAAUAAGUGUUAGGCAUCUUUACAGUUUUUCACUCAUUUCUAUGAUUAGUUCUUGUAACUUUUUUAUUUCACUAGUAUUAUCAUUUUGAUGAAGUAUAGUUAUGUUUUUUUAUUUCCUUAUUUUCUUCUUUCUCCAUUUCUUUCUGUUUGUCGGUUAGUCUCAUGGAAGAACUUCUCUCGUCUAUGCUUAUUCUUGAUGAUCACAAUUUGAUUUUAUUAUUUUUAGAGGGGAUUCUAAUUGAAUUAAUGGUUUGAAUAAGUCUUCUAUGGUGAUGGCUUCCUUAUCUUUAAACGCUAAACUAUGAUGACUAUUGGUCAGCGCAUAGUUUAUUUGGUAUGUUACUGAAAAAGGUUUACUAUUUUCUUUCAUGAAAUUUUUUCUUUUCAAUUCAUACUUUAUAAUAAUGGAAGAGUCGAGAUUCCCAUCUGUUAAACUAAUUCCUUGUUGUAGAUUAAUAUCGAAUUUGAUUAUUCCUACUCCUAGAUUUCCUUUUCCUUUCGCAAUAAUACUUUCUUCUCUAUUGAUGAGUCGAUCGUCUCUUAUUUCUAGUUCUAUAGGUGCACUUAUCCCUGUUUUCAUAGUGGAUUUUAGAAUGAUUUGUAUCGUGCUAAUAUGAAUAUAGGCUAUUUUAUUUCUUUCUUCCUGUUGUAACUUGGAUAAUUUUUUCCUAAUUUGUUCUCUAUUUAUUAUUUGGAUUAAGAAAUCUCCCUUAGUUUGUUCUAUUGGUACUGCCGUUUCUCCUAUCAUUUUUCCGUAUUUGAUUAUAUUUUUUCUAUCAAAUAGUUUGGAUAAAAAAGACUUGGUAAUAAAAUUUUGCGUUUCUG